AAACUAGACGCCGCAUUUGUGCAAUGGACGGAGGCUGAGGUCACUGUGCGCCAGUUGUUGAGUGGUCUCGACUGACGCGUGGGUGUCAAUGACAAGAGAGCAUGAGCUCCUCUUGCCCCUGAGGUGCUGCUGUGAUCUCGGAGGGCCAAAGGCCAGGCCAGUCGUGCCCCGCACUCCUCAGUCUCUUUCAGUUUGAGACGCUCCCUCGCACCCUGAUCUGCAUUCCACGCAUGCCCGUCCAGGCCUCAGCCUGGCACUCUGAGUGUCUGCAGCCCUGCUCAACAAUGGCGGCAGUGUCGUGCCUGAGCAUGACGAUUGUGGGACGAUGAGCAGCACAAAUCUUGUGCUCUCCAGCAAUCAGGGCCACAAUGUAUUGAGUGAUAGUUCGCGGGUACAGUAAUUGUUGAGGCUUUGUGACCACAUAUUGCUACAUCCUGGCACACAGAGCCCAAUAGACUUGUCGCUCAAUGUUCAUCUUAUUCUCGUCUAAAGUCUGUGCACAGGAGGUUUUAUUGAAAAUGGUUGUUUAACAAGCAUCACAUCCCAUGUACUGUAUCAUAAUUUACAUGCCGUAUGAGUUAUAUAAUGAUUAUUUAAAUGCACAAAUUGCAAAGAAAAUAUUGAUGGAAAAACUAUUACCUCAAGAAUGUACUCCCUGUUGUUGCAUGACAGUUAAGGCUGUGUAGUUUUCUCGGUUUGUUUAGAUAAUUGGGAAACUAUUGUCAUCCAAAUCAUUUGGUGCAACAUGUAAUGACUGUGCUGUGUACAUUGGCCUGGAGCACACAGACAUGGCAUGCUAAAUAAGCAUUUCAAACAUUACAGACAGAACAGUCUUGAUCAAGUGGCACAAUUAGAGCCUUUGUGCUUUGGCUUUCUGCAUUUGUUCUUUUUAUGCCGUUUUGCGUCCCUCCUAUCAGCUUGCAGUUCAGACUCCAGUGUCUGCACUCAAUAGCCCUCUGUAUGCUGACACAGAAGAGGGACUAUACAGUCUCUCUCCUUCCCCUCUCUCCCUCUCACUCUAUCUCUCCCAUCCUCCCCUCGUUUUUGCAGUUACUGGCAAGUGUGCAUCCCCUGACAAAAGGCCUGACGUCACAGGUGGCUAGAUGAGCCUCCCCGAGGUGCUUUGUUCAGCAAGAUUAGCUUUGGAACUGAAAGUUGGGGUGUGCGUGCCAGGUAGCCUGAGGCAUCAGGUGUACGAGGUAGAGCGAAAGAGGAGAAGAGGAGCUGCGACCAGAUGACUGAGCUCCGCAGCACUGGACAUAUGAUGAGGGGAGCGCAGGCCUGCGCUGGGUCUAUCACAGUAUGUGCAUGUUGAGAUUAAACAUAAGGAGAACUGUAGGAGGUAGAUUGACUUGUAUUAGUCACCUGGAAGUGGAUGGAAAGGAUGAAGGCAAUGCAGCUGGACAAGCAACGCUCCCAUUAGUUUUUCUUUGGAUUUACAUAUGAGGGGGAUCCUUGAAACUACUGGACCAUGACAGCCAAGCAAGGGAGGCAGUGGAGGUCCAUAUGCAAAGGCCUGGUCCUGGGUACCCUCCUGACCAGCUGCAUGAUCCUGCUUUACUGCCUCUCUACUCCACAGAUCCACUUCAGUCUGCCUGAGGUUCCAGUCCCCUACUCCUGUGCCCACCGUCCAUCGCAGCUCCAUCCCAAACCAACCGCCAACGACUCACACCAAACCCAUGGCCAGACCUGCUCCGCUAAAGUGGACGUCAUGUUCAUGAAGACCCACAAAACGGCCAGCAGCACCUUCCUCAACAUCCUUUUCCGCUUUGGGGAGAAACACCGGCUCAAAUUUGCCUUUCCUGACAGCAGAAAUGACUUCUUCUAUCCAUCUCUAUUCGAGCGUUCCCAAGUAAAAGACUACAGAUCUGGAAUGUGUUUCAAUAUCAUGUGUAAUCACAUGCGCUUCAAUGCACCUGAGGUGGCCAAGUUGCUCCCGAUGGACACCUCCUACAUCACUAUCCUGCGAGACCCCGCAGAGCUGUUCGAGUCGUCCUUCCACUACUUUGGCCGACUGGUGCCUUUUACCUGGAGGAUACCAGGUGAUGACAAGCUGACCGAGUUCCUACGUGAUCCCCUUUACUACUUCGAUCCAGAGGGCUUCAACUCUUUCUACCUCAAGAAUCUGCUGUUCUUUGACUUUGGACAGGACAACACUCUGGAGCUGGAUGAUGCACGGGUAGAGGAAGGCAUCAAAUCCAUCACUGACCGUUUUCAGCUGGUCAUGUUGGUGGAAUACUUUGAGGAAUCACUCAUCCUGCUCAAGGAUGCCCUCUGCUGGGAGAUGGGCGAUUUGCUCUUCUUCAAGCUCAACGCCCGCAAGGGAUCCACGGUGUCUAAACUCACCCCUGAGCUGAGGGCCAGGGCCCUCGAGUGGAACGCUAUUGACUGGAAGCUAUACCAGCAUUUCAACCAGACCUUUUGGAAGAAAGUAGAUGCAUAUGGUAAGCGGCGGAUGGCUCAGGAGGUGGCAGAGCUCAGGAGAAGAAACGCAGAGAUGGCAUCCAUCUGCAUUGAGGGGGGUCAUGCUGUGGAACCUGGCAGCAUCCAAGAGACGGCCAUGCAGCCCUGGCAACCCAUUGGUGAGAAGUCGAUCAUGGGCUAUAACCUGAAGAAGAAUGUGGACAAGGCACAUCAGAAGUUGUGUCGUAAGAUGUUGAUGCCAGAGCUUCAAUACUUAACAGAGCUUGGGGUGAACUUGUGGAUCACCAAGCUGUGGGGCCAUGUCCGAGAUAUCAUUAACUGGUAAUUAGCCGUGAGCGAGAAGGGCCAAUUGAACUCUGAAAGACUGUAUUAAAAGAUGAGAGGUUAAAAGUUUCUGCCACAUUUCUGUCUCGUUUUAUUGAAAAUGAAUUUGCAUUUCAUGUGAUUGUGCACUGCAAUGUAUCUGAUGGGUGCUUGAGAAAAAAAAACUACUGUUGACCACACAAUCUAUAAAUAUAGAGCCCGUUUACUACAUGUAUUGUUUUCUGUGUUGACUCAAUUCUCCAACAGGAAUAUCUUCUUACGCUCCGAUGUGAGCUUGUUCUAACGGGGUAGUUGAGUGAACUGUGAGGUUCAGGACUAACUGUAUGAGCCCUUUGAUGGAAUGAAGACCCACUUUUGCCAUCUGAAGUCUUACAGCUUGUUUGAAGACAUGGAUAAGACUAAGGGCUAAAAUACAGAUGUGAAAAUAGUGAAUGUACGUAUUUUACCCCGCUUUACUGUCUAUGGAGGACAAAAUCAGCCCUCAUUUAAAAAGUACCGUAGGUGAGCAAACACAGACAUUUUUGAUAGCAGUGAAAGCAGAGGUGCAACUAAUAGCAUUAAUGUUCAGAGUCACAGAACUAUAUCAUCUAAAUCAAAUGUAGCCACGGUUACUGUCAUUAAGUACACCUGUGCUUUCCCUGUAGUGAUAUAUCAAAAUGUAAAAGGUCUGAUAAAUAAUAUGCAAAGAAUAAAUGACAGCACUAUAUAAUCAAGAAGAAAAGGAGUUUCCUUAUUCCUUUACUUUCCCUGUUAGUUUUUGUUUUUAUUGUACAUCAAAAAAUCAUGUCGAGUUUUCUACUACAUAAUAUAAUACGUUUGCUUCUUCAGGACACUUUCCAGUUGUAGUCAAUUCUAUUCUUUCUCCUGAUGUUAAUCCUGACAUCAUCUGGCCAUGCAAUUUUUGGCAGGUACACUGGUGAUAUGGCAGGGAUUUGUUGCAUCAGGAGAAAACAGUCAUUGUCAGCCGAGAAAGGUAAAUCCUAUUUGGAAAUUAAAUUGAGACAUAAAAAUAUGUUUUUCCUGACAAUGCACUGUAUCACUCAUGUAUGUCUUAAUUUGUGUCCACUCACUGACACAUCAUUUUCUGCAUUUAAUAUUUUGUUAUUGUGUUUUUUUGUAUUUAUUAAUGGAUUAAAUUUUUGAUUUAUCUAUCUGUAGUUACUGAUUUUGUCCUCCAUAUAUUGCUCCAAUGCUCCUGAUAAUGUAUGAUAAUCUUUAUAUCCUCAAAAUAAAAGUGAAAAUUACAUGUUAUACUGGAUGUAUUAAAUGUCUGAUUCACAAAGAUCCGCCGCUUCCUCUCUCUCUAUCUAUGACUGUUUAUUUCAUCCUUUAUCUACU